AGUCCAGAAAACGAGCUCUUUGGACCGGUUUGGACCAGAGGGACAGAGAGCUGAGUGAGAUUGAACUGGCAUGAGAAGAAGUGAUUGUCGUCAUGGGUCGGAGUCUCCACCAGCGGGACACCCAUAGGGGAUAUCGGGCUCGAGUCUGCAUAAGUAGCUCUUUAGGCGUCUACAAUAUCCUGACGAUAAAUGGGCCAGGCGACUUAUCCCUCGUUCAGAUCGGCGAACCCCUUCAAUCGUUUAUUGUUGUAAUUUUAUUCUGGCAACCCUAGCAGUAAUCCGAUAAGCAUGUCGCAUGUCCGAUAAGAAGAAAACACAAAACAGCUGACUAGUGCGGUUUUCUUCUUCUGACAUUUCUCUUCCAUUCUGAACAGCAUAAACAAACAAAAAUAUUUCAUUUGUACAGCCACAAUAGCAUUGAACCGCGACCAGGACGAACACUUUUUAUAAAUUUUCGUCAAAAUGGAAGGGAACGGCGAUGAGGAGAUCAGUAACCAAGAUCCGCUUCCACUUGAACGUUCCGGAGCUGUGCGAGAAAUUGGCAACCAAGCUGUUUGGAGUCUGUCGUCUUGCAAGCCAGGAUUUGGCGUUGAACGUCUGCGUGAUAAUAUAAUCGACACUUAUUGGCAGUCUGAUGGCCAACUACCGCAUUUAGUCAAUGUGCAGUUUCAUCGCAAGACGCGAAUUAGUGCAGUGUAUUUAUAUGCCGAUUACAAACUCGAUGAGAGCUAUACACCCUCACGCAUUUCGCUAAGAACUGGCUCGAACUUCAAUGACUUGCAGGAGUUACAAAAUCAUGAGCUUUUUGAGCCAACAGGUUGGACUGCGAUACAGGUAGAAAAUGGGAAAUCUAGACCCGUGCGCAUAUACAUGUUGCAAAUUGCAAUUGUAGCAAAUCAUCAGAAUGGACGCGACACACAUUUGCGCCAGAUACGCAUACAUGCUCCAGUCGAAAAUUCAAAGGAGAAAUUCACUUCCAUUAGUUUUAAGAAAUACGAUACCAUACGAUAAGGGAGCUGGCGUAAUAAAAUAUGUGUGAACUCGUCGGGGAUGUGGGGAAGACUCAAA